AUGCAUUUUCUGACAGCUGCUGGUAUCAGGUACCCAGAACAGUCCACAACCACAACCCCAAGUAUGACGACCCGCUGUGUUGCAGAACCGGUCUUUGGUCCUCCCAUGUCACCCGCCAUCUUCCAAGACAAAUGGCUCUUAAAAUUCGGCACCCUAUACCGCGAAGGCCCACACCCCAACAUCACAACCAAUACCUUCAUUCCCCUCGAAGCCGCCUCGCACCUCCCAAACCAAGUUACGCACCUCGAGCACUUCGACAUCGAAGCCCAAGCCCUGCAGCUACAAAACACCGACUUUGAGUCAGCCACCCCAAGCAAGUUUGGCCUUACAUUCCAAAAGCAGUAUGGCGAGAGGGUCGGACCUGCUUUUGAGGUUAGCAAUCCUUUCACAGUCGCGGCGCAGGUCACAUUCUGGAUUGAUUACUAUCUUGCACCAGAUGAAGCUGGGACGGGUUGCCUGCGGUUUCCCAUGGCGGGAUAUUCCUCUUCGUGUUCGGAGACGCGUGAAGGAUCUUCUGGAGAUGCGGGCGAAGAAGGUGAAAUCAGCCGUCGCCGUUUGCAUGUGAGGCUUGGCGCACCACCCAAAGCUUUUCGAGACCCUGCAGUUCUCAUCUCCGUCUCCAUCCACCCAAGAACAACUUCGCUUGCUGGCAUGGAGGGACCCAAGGGCGAAGCGGUCUCCAAGCCGGUGUACGGUCCGCCCAUGACACCGACCACAUUCCGCGACAAGUGGCUGUCCAAAUUCCGCAUGCUCACCUACUGCAUUGCCGACAACAUGUCCUCUUCGACCGACACCGACACCGCUUUCAAACUAUGCAUGAUAGCAAUCAAACAAUUCGCCCACCUCCAGUGCUUCUUCGAACAAGCCCGCGGCCUUUCCCUACAACGGAGCGACUUCCCCACCGAGCCGCCCGUGCAAAAGGACGACAGCGGACGACCGCACAUUCAGAACGAAGCGAUGAUGGCCAAGCUCAAUCACUUCGCGGCGGCAUCGACGAUGGCGCUGAUGAUGGACUUGUACCUCGAGGAACUGCAGGCGAUGAAGCAGGGGAGGGUCAUUCGGGGGGUUCGGUGUCGGGAUCUUCCGUUGUCGUCCAGGCAGAGCGAUGAUGCUGGGAUUGGUCGUGGCGGUGUUGGUGCAUGGAAUGCUUGCUGGACUCAUCAGGAUGCCGAUGUCAUUGACAUUGAGCAGGUACAGGUAGUUGGUGGUCCAGCUCGAAGUAACACGCACGACGUGAAGUCGCUUGAGUCACGCGUGGCUCCUGCCUUUCUCGCUUCACUUCACUUCCGCUUGGAAGUCGCACGCCAACAAACCACACAACCCGCCAUGGCGAAGACCGAUCAGGAGCGGGCUGCAGCGAAGCCGCAAUACGGCCCAAUCAUGUCGCCCGCCAUCUUUCGCGACAAGUGGCUGUCGAAAUUUCGCGACCUCCAUCGCUAUAGCGAAAAGCACGCCGAAGCCAGAGCGAAGGGCCCUCUCAUCCUGUGGAAGUGUCAGAUCACCCACGCCCAAAUGCUGCACGUCAUCAGUUUCUACGCACAAGCCGGAGAGCUCUCCCUCUCCAGAGCCGACUUCCCAGUGGAGACGCCGCCCUUAGUCAACCUCAAGGAUCCAGAUCACGCUCUGCGGGCUGCCGUGGUAGCCAAGUGGAACCCCUUCGAGGCAGCCAAGAGGUUGCAGUAUGUGGCGGACGUCCAGCUGUACUGGAUCCGGAAGGUCAAGAAUGGGGAGCCGAUGCGAGGAGUCCCGUGGCAGGCGCUGCCGCUUGUCUGGCGACAGAGGAUGAAUGAGCUAUUCCAGUGGGUUGCGAAGGCGGAGGCGGAGGGUCGGUGGUCUCUCUAUGACUCGUAG